CAUUCUCACUCCACGACAAUAUUGCCUUAUUAAACUUUAGUGAAACGAAUGAUGUUUAAUAUCAUUCUCUAAUAUUGUUUUUGGUCAAGUAUGCCAUUCUCUAACUCAUGAGAAAAGUGGUAUUAGCUAACCUGUAAGCUAUUUGGUGGAGAAGCUGGGAAUAAUGGUAUUUUCAAGAAAUCAACAUGGUUGGGAAAACACCAAAGGCUUCACUCUUCAAGUCCUAACAGGAAGGUGGUUUAUGGUGUUUUCAUCAUUUAUGAUCAUGUCAGUAUCUGGAGCAAGCUACAUGUUUGGUCUAUACUCAAGAGAAAUCAAAUCAGUUUUGGGUUAUGACCAAUCCACUCUCACUCUCUUAAGCUUCUUCAAGGACUUGGGAUCUAACAUAGGCAUUCUCUCAGGCCUACUCAAUGAAAUCACACCUCCUUGGGUUGUCUUAACAAUUGGUGGUCUUCUCAACUUUUUUGGCUAUUUCAUGAUUUGGCUUGCAGUCACAAGAAAAAUCCCAAAACCUCCAAUAUGGAAUAUGUGCUUAUACAUAUUUAUUGGAGCAAAUUCUCAUUGUUCAACCAACACUGGAGCUUUAGUCACCAGUGUAAAGAAUUUCCCUGGUAGUAGAGGUGUUGUCAUAGGCCUUUUGAGUGGUUAUCUUGGUUUGAGUGGAGCUAUCAUUACUCAACUAUACUAUGCCUUCUAUGGAAAUGACUCUAAAUCUUUAAUUUUGCUUAUGGCUUGGUUACCAACUGCUGUAACUUUUGUUUUUAUGCCAGUUAUUAAGCACCAUAAGAGAGCUGAACAACCAAAUGAUUCCAAAGCUUUUUAUAAUUUCCUUUACAUGUCUUUAAUCCUUGCAGGGUUCCUCAUGAUAAUGAUCAUAGUGCAAACAUGUUUCAACUUUACUAAGAGUGAGUAUUAUGUCACUUCCAUUGUGAUGCUUCUCUUGCUCAUCCUCCCUCUUUUUGUUGUUAUUAUGGAAGAACAAAGGAUUUGGAAGAACAAAAAAGAGCAAAUCAAUGGUGAAGAUUCUCCUCCUAAGCCUUUGAAUAUAACCACACAGAUGCCACAGACUCACCAAUCUACAGGAGAGACUACUCAAAAUCAAAAUCAAAAUCAAAAUCAAAAUCAGAAUCAGAAGCAAGUUUCCUCUUGGAGAAACAUACUCUUUCCUCCAAGUAGAGGUGAAGAUCAUACAAUAUUUCAAGCCAUUUUCAGCCUUGACAUGAUGACUCUUUUUGUAGCCACAAUAUGUGGACUUGGUGGAACUCUUACUGUGGUAAAUAACUUGAGUCAAAUUGGACUAUCUUUAGGAUAUCCUGCACAUAGUAUAACCACAUUUGUGUCCUUAAUGGCAAUUUGGAUCUAUCUAGGUAAAGUUACACAAGGGGUUAUUUCAGAAUUUAUCAUAACAAAGUUAAAACUCCCUAGACCACUCAUGCUCACAUCAAUCCUUAUAUUCUCUUGUUUAGGUCACCUUCUAAUUGCAUUUAAUGUCCCAAAUGGUCUUUAUGUAGCAUCAAUUAUUAUUGGUUUCUGCUUUGGUGCAAAUUGGCCAGUACUAUUUUCAAUCAUAUCUGAACUCUUUGGUCUUAAAUAUUACUCAACAUUGUACAAUGUUGGGUCAAUAGCAAGUCCAAUUGGGUCAUACUUGUUAAGUGUGAGGGUUGCUGGUCAUCUCUAUGACAAAGAAGCCCUAAAGCAAAUGGCAGCAUUAGGGUUAAAGAGGAAGCCAGGGGAGGAGUUGAAUUGCAAUGGAAGUGAAUGCUACAAAUUGGCUUUCAUUAUAAUCACUGCUGUUAGCCUCUUAGGGGCACUUGUGUCUUUAACUUUGGUGAUAAGGACUAGAGAGUUUUAUAAAGGUGACAUAUACAAGAAGUUCAGAGAGGAAGCUAGAAAUAAUGAAAAUGAAUUGGUUGUGACUCAGAACAAGGUUGGACCUGCUUCAAAUGAUGAUGCAUAGAUAGAUAUCUUUGGUAAGGAAAUGGUAGAUACUUAAGAAUUGGAAAAUAUAUAGUAUAGGUUCGUGCAAUCUUAUGCUUUCUUUUCAAUGUAAAAGUAGGGAUCCACUUUUGAGAUAUUUAUUACAUAUAUAUGGAUGGUAUAUGUGAGAUUAAUAAAUAAACAAUUACUCUCUUUCGUCU